UAUAAAUGAUUUUCUACUUUAAUUAUAUAAAUAAAAUAAAAUCCGGUUAUUUUGCAUUUCCAAUUUUCUUCCGUGUCUUUGUCUUGUUUCUUUCUCUACAUCCUUGGGAUCUUUUGGAGAUACCAACCCAGAAGAAGCAAAAAAUAUAUAUUAAAAAAUAAAUAAAAUUCAAGCCCCUUUACUUUGUUGCUUGUUGGUGAUUCUGUUGUACAGAAGUGUUCAAUAAAAAUCCAUUUCCAAGAUUGUAGUGUACAUUGAUUCAUUAUUUAUAAGGUACUUUGGAGCAUUGCAUGAGUGAUUGCCCUGUGAUUCUUUUGGGAAGUCAAGUAAAGUUACUAUAAUUACAUUCCAAGAUUCAGAAUCCUCUGGUAGGGAAUAUAGCUAGAGUUUAUUGUCUUGGUAAGUUUAUAACUUAUAAGCCAACAAUGCAGAAUAUUGCUAUCGCUGUGUCCCUUAUUUCCUUGCUACUAUUUUCCUUUUGCAUUGUCAGCACUGAUUCUCGGUUUGAAUUAUUGAAGUUCUCUUCUUUUACUUGAUAUAUUAUUCUUUUAAAUAUUUUCCUUUUAUAUAUUUUUUAAUAGCCAUAUUGAUGGUUAGAGGGAAAGUCUUGACUCAAUGGUGAGGUUGUUACCUUGUGAGUUGGAGGUCACGACUCAUGGGUUCAAAUCCAAGAAACAGCCUCCUUGCUUGCAGGGAUAAGUCUGCAUACAUCUACCCUCCCUGGACCCACCUGAUGGGAGUCUCGUGCACUGCGUUGCCCAUUUAAUGAUAUUAAUAGAUACAUAGUUUGCUUUUAUUAGGACAUUGGUUUUUACAUUGUACCAGAAAAACCUAUUUUUUCAAAAAAAUACAGUAUUAUAUAUCUUUGUUUGAGAGAGAGAUUUGCCUCAUAAAAUAGUAUAUCAAAUUGUCAUUUGCAGUUGCUCAAAUUACCAAUAUAUUGGAAGUUCAAACAUUUGGGUAUCUAUGCUCAUAUUUUUGGUAAAAGAUACAACGUGUAGUUUAGUAAUUAAUUAAAUUUAUUGUCAUUGUCUUAAUCACUCAAAUUAGUUUUGGUUAAUUUUCUGUUGUCGACAGUUUGUUCAGCGGAUCAGUAACUUUUUUUUGUCCUUUUAGCCUUCCUCUAUAUUGAUUUUCUUGUUGUCAAGGAAAUGAAAAUUCUUGUAUGAGAGAAGUUUGAGCAUCUGAGGAGAUGAUAAAGUGUGGUAUACAUCAUUUUAGUUUAUAAAUAGGAAUCGACUUUGCAGAUUCGAGUUCAACACAUUAAAGAAUGGCAAAUAGAAUUACAUUUAGAGAAAAACAGGGAAAAUGGAGAAAGGGAAAUAACUAGAAAUUUUCGCAGUAUUGUCAAUUAAAUUAAUCUUAUCGCUUUCCUUCUUUGCUUUUUCCUAGAUACAUACAGGAGAAUUGUUCUUCUACUGUUGACCGUGUUUUAUUUGUGUCAGAAAUUGUGUGCAUGUAUGUUGUCUUGUCAUGGAAAAAAUAGUUUUCUAAUGAUUUAAUAUGUUGAGUAGUUAACUCGGUGCGAGGAAGAUGGCUGGUUUUAAGCGAAGGUUAUGUAGUGAUUCAGAUAUCCAUGCUCUUCACAAAGAAUUGGAUGAAGUUUCAUGUCCUAUCUGCAUGGACCAUCCACAUAAUGCUGUUCUCCUACUAUGCAGCUCUCAUGAUAAGGGCUGCAGAUCUUACAUUUGUGAUACAAGUUAUAGGCAUUCAAAUUGUCUGGACCGAUUUAAAAAAAUGAGGGACAACUCUAAGGAGAACCCAAAUUUACCCAGUUCUUUAAUAAACACUAACAACUCUGGUAAUAGUUUUAAUAUUAACUUCACUAUGCAAUCUGACACGCAUAAUAAUGUUCAUGAACUCUACCAAAAUGAAAUUAAUACUCUAUUGUCUGUUGGAAUUCCACAAGGAUCAAGACAGGGUGAUGCUGCCCAAGAUCCGAGUAGACAUUUAGACCAACAUGAUGAAGGCAUUUUAGAAACUGCUGAAUCUGAGACCUUGCAGGACAGGGCUGUUCUUGAGGAUUUAGAUGUAGAUAAUAAUUCAUCUGACUCAAUAUUGAGCUUGCAAUGUCCUCUAUGUAGAGGCACAGUAUUAGGCUGGGAGGUUAUUGAAGAGGCUAGAAAUUAUCUGAAUAAUAAGAAGAGAAGUUGCUCAAGGGACUCGUGCUCAUUUGCUGGCGAUUAUCUGGAAUUGCGUAGGCAUGCUAGGAGAGUUCAUCCUACUUCUCGUCCCUCUGACGUUGAUCCGACAAGAGAACAAGCGUGGCAACAAUUUGAGCGCCAGAGAGAAUACGGCGAUAUUGUGAGUGCUAUUCAGUCUGCCAUACCAGGAGCUGUGGUUGUUGGGGAUUACGUUCUCGAAAAUGGAGAUGGAAUUGGUAGGUUAUCAGGUGAUAGAGAUGGAAACAAUGGCAAUGGUAAUGGGCCUUGGUUAACCACCACGACCACCAUCUUGUUCCAAAUGAUGGAUAACACCAUCGAAAUUGUUAGGGAACCAAGAGCUCGUUCUUCAAGUGCAUGGUCAAGGCAUCGCCGUUCUUCUGACCGUCGCCGCUAUCUUUGGGGUGAGAAUUUGUUGGGUCUUCAAGACAAUGAAGUUGAAGAAGAUCUACGAAUAUUUAAUGAUUUGGUUGAAGAUGCAUCAACUGUACCAAGGAGGCGCCGACGUUUGAACAGGACAAGGUCCAACGAAGAUCAAUCAUGAUGGCUGUCAUCAUUUUAUCUGAAUUGUUUGAGCAAGCAUGCUGAACAUGGUCAUCAAGUUGUAUAUGGCAAACAUGGUUUCAGCUUUGGACCCUUAGAGUGUGCUGAAACAGCAAAGUUCAGAAUAAAUAAUGGCCAAAUCCUCUUACACAAGUUUCAAUGAAACAAAGAAUUUCUGGAAUGAUUGUUUUUCUUAAAGCUUGCUUUUUAUGUAAACAGCAUUUAGCCUUGGGAACACUAAACUUCUGGGUGAUUUGGCAGGUUGUUGCAUAGUAUGUGAAACUUAUAUCGUGUAUCUAUUGAAUUUUUUUUUUUUUUAGCUUGUGAAUAUUAUGUUAUCCUAAUAAUGAGGUACAUUGUAUCAUUAUUUACUGGAAUGUCAUCACAGAAUCUAGAUUAGUUAGUGCCUUCAA